AUGAAUGUUUGCGAUGUUGCCGGAACGUCUAAAAAGUUGCAGGAAAGAAGUCAAAUAAACGAAAAUAAACCAAAUACAAAUGAAAAUAAUGCACAAAAAGAACAAAAAGAAAAAAAUAAGUAUACCAAAAAUAACUCUAACAAUAAUAGUAGCAAAAAAGUUGUUGGAUCAGCUACUGAAACUGCUUUUCAAAGUGCUCCAAGAAAAGCGUCAUUUCACGUAGGAAGAGCAUCCUUAAAUACAUCGGUAGAAAACAUAUCAAACCAUUUCUCCAAAAAAUUUAACCGAAAUGAGUUUUUGGUAGAAAAAUGUCCGUCCAGAGAAGGAGCAAAAAGUGUCUCUUUUAAAGUGGAAAGCACAUUUUCCCUUUUGGAAGAGAUGUAUAAAUCUGAAAAUUGGCCUGCUGGAAUUACUGUACGUAAAUAUAGGCUUUUUCCAGAACAAAUAAAUGGGGAAUUUGACAAAGACUUGGCAAGAUCAAAAAAAAAUGUGAAGAGCAACUUGUGCAAGCACCAACGUAGUGCUGCUCAGACGGGCGGAGGUCCAGCAGACCCAGCCACAUUCACCACAAUUGAAAAAAGCCAGCAACUAUCAAUAGUGAUAUUGCGAUAG